AUGGACGGUUACAAGGUAAAACUGACGUGCAAAGUCUGCGCUGAUUCCUACUUCGGUGCCUCAACAGAUCCACUAGCACGUGAAUUCGCCCAAAAACACCAGGACCCACAUCCCUACAAAUGCCUGAUCUGCACACGCAAAUACCUCACCAAAAAUGCCCAAAUAAAACACCUCUCGAGCCACCACCCGAGCGACUGUUUCUUCUGCGAUAUUUGCCCUUACGCAGUUCGCCGCAAGAUCUACCUGUUAAACCACAUCAAAAAGAAACACCCACACCUGAUAGACAAGGACAAAGAGAACACAACAGGUAAAUACGAGGGUCUGAGGAGCCAGUUAAAUCGUCAAAUCGAGGUGCACAAGCUACCACUUCCUGGCCAGGAGGUCAGUAGUCUCAUGAGCCUAAGAAACCGCGAUGUUGUUGUGCAUGACGAGACGACAGAAAUUUUUAAGUGUGACUACUGCACAUAUCGGGCCAGGGAGAAAAAGAGAUUGACCUAUCACGUGAAUAGGUAUCACAAAGGUAUUGGGGUGAAAUAUUCCUGCGAGGAGGUGAUACUGAUAUCUGACAACCUGGAAGAGCGUAUCAAAAGCCGAAGGCCACCACCAAAGAUGUACAAGUGCGAUCAGUGUGACAGGAGCCUUCGAGGGGCUUCCAAUCUCAAGAGGCAUUUAUUAACACACAGUGGUGUUAAGUCACAGCAGUGCACUAUUUGCCAGAAGCAUUUCUCGACGAGGAGUUCGUUGAGACAGCACUUGCUGACCCACACGGGAAAGAGACACUACUGCUGUGAUAUCUGUGGAAAGACUUUUGUACAGAAACCAGCACUCACUGCACAUCGCAGACAGCAUCCUGGAAAGCUUCCACCCAUGCCCAAAGUCUACAUUGAUUCUUUUAUCGAGAAAAUUGCACCUAGUGUUAUCAGUCGCUCUUCUAAGUCCUCUGUAGGUGUUGAUGUUAAAGGCAAAGGCUCAACUUCGAGAUGA